CCCCGGUUCCCAUUCUUCCGCCACCCUCGUGUAUAAUUUUCUUCGUUUUAACUUUUUUAUAAUCAAUUUUUUUUCACUAUUAUCGUUACUGUUGUCAUUCUUGUUCUCGCUUUCGAAACAAUCCCGAUUGCUUCAUCACUCUUCGGAUCUGAAGAAUAACCUUCUGCGAUCUCACGAAACAGAUCCAACACCGUGAAAUUUCCGAUUUAGUUUUUGACACUGUUGUUGCGCCCUAAAUCUGAGAUUUUCGAAGGAACGAAAUUGGAACCCUAAUAUAAUCACUUCUCCCUAAAACUUUUCCCGCUAUUUAGAUCCCGAUUCGAUUAUCGGUUGGUUUUGCUUGUUGUCUGGCUCUGCUUUCUAUGGUUUUUGGAUCGUUAUUGGAUUGUGAGGUAUUGGGAAAAUUGGAGAAGAUGGGGAAGGAGGCUGAGGAUGUGGAAGAGGGUGAGAUUUCGGAUACUGCUUCGGUGGAAGAGAUUUCAGCCGAGGAUUUCAAUAAGCAAGAUGUUAAGUUGUUAAAUAAUAACAAUAAGCCCAAUGGAAGUGAUGCUAGGGUUUGGGCUGUUCAUGAUCUUUACUCAAAGUACCCUACUAUAUGUCGCGGCUAUGCAUCGGGCUUGUAUAAUCUUGCUUGGGCACAGGCCGUGCAGAAUAAGCCUUUGAAUGAUAUUUUUGUGAUGGAAGUGGACUCUGAUGCCAAUGCUAACAGUAACCGCAACAGCUCCCAUCGACUGGCCUCUGUUGCUGUGAAUCCUAAGGAUGUGGUGGUGGUGGAUGUGGACAAAGAGGAAGGGGAGUUGGAGGAGGGUGAGAUCGAUGCUGAUGCGGAACCCGAAGGAGAAGCAGAGAGUGUUGUUGUGGCUGUUUCUGAUUCUGAGAAGCUUGAUGAUGUGAAGAUGGAUGUUUCUGAUUCCGAGCAGCUUGGUGCGAGGGGUGUUCUGGAGGGUGUUACCGUUGCUAAUGUGGUUGAGUCGUUUGCUCAAACUUGCAGUAAGCUGCAAAAUACCCUUCCUGAAGUGCUCUCUAGACCUGCUGGUUCUGAGAAGGAUGAUCUCGUUCGCUUGUCAUUUAAUGCUACUGAAGUGGUUUAUUCUGUGUUUUGCUCUAUGGACUCUUCGGAGAAAGAACAGAACAAGGAUAGCAUAUUAAGAUUGCUUUCUUUUGUGAAGGAUCAACAACAGGCUCAAUUAUUUUCUCCAGAGCAUGUAAAAGAGAUUCAGGGCAUGAUGACUGCAAUUGAUUCUGUUGGUGCUUUAGUAAAUAGUGAGGCUAUUGGCAAGGAGAAAGAAUUGCAGACCACUGAGAUAAAGACUCAAGAAAAUUCAGCUGUAGAAGUGCAGAUCCAUGAGAUAAAGACUCAGGAAAAUCAGGCUGUAGAAGCUGCUGAAUUGAUUUCUUAUAGUAAGCCUUUGCAUAGGGACAUAACUGGGACAUCACAGGCUUUAAAAUUUGGACAAAAUAGUAUUAAAGGCAGAGGGGUUCUGCUCCCUCUGUUAGACCUUCACAAGGAUCAUGAUGCAGACAGUUUACCAUCACCAACUCGAGAAGCACCUUCCUGCUUCCCUGUGAAUAAGUUACUUUCUGUUGGAGAGUCUAUGGUUAGAUCUGGGUCAGCAUCUGCUAAGAUGGAACUUGAUAGUGAAGGUUCUAAAUUUCAUCUAUAUGAAACUGAUGCUUUGAAAGCUGUUUCCACAUAUCAACAGAAGUUUGGUCGAAGUUCCCUUUUUACAAAUGAUAAAUUUCCAAGUCCAACUCCUUCAGGUGACUGUGAAGAUGAGGUUGUUGAUACAAUCGAGGAGGUCUCUAGUGCUUCUACUGGUGAUUUUUUAACAAGCACUAAACCAACUCUUUUGGAUCAGCCACCUGUUUCUGCUACUUCCAUGGAUAGGUCCAGCAUGCAUGGAUUCAUUAGUUCUAGAGUGGAUGCAGCAGGUCCUGGGUCUUUCCCGGUGAAAAGCUCUGCAAAGAAUAGAGAUCCCAGGCUUCGUUUCAUUAAUUCUGAUGCAAGUGCUGUGGAUAACCUGUCUACAUUGAUAAAUAAUAUGUCUAAAGUGGAAUAUUCUGGAACAACAAUCUCAAGGAAACAAAAGGCUGCUGAAGAACCUUCUUUGGAUGUUACUGUAUCAAAAAGACUAAAAAGUUCUUUGGAAAAUACUGAGCAUAAUAUGAGCGAAGUAAGAACUGGAAGUGGUGGUUGGUUGGAAGAGAAUACUGGGCCUGGAGCUCAGUUGAUAGAGAGGAAUCAUUUAAUGGACAAAUUUGGACCCGAAGCCAAAAAGACUUUGAAUACAGUCAGUAGUUCCUGUACUGGUUCUGAUAAUUUCAAUGCAACAAGCAUUAGAAAUGAGCAGGCACCAAUUACAGCUAGUAAUGUGCUAGCUUCCUUACCUGCUCUAUUGAAAGAAGCAUCUGUAAAUCCAAUCAUGCUUGUUAACAUACUUAGAUUAGCUGAAGCCCAGAAGAAAUCUGCUGAUUCUGCUGCAAUUAUGCUGCUGCAUCCAACAAGCUCAAAUCCGGCAAUGGGAACAGACUCAACAGCGAGUAUUGGUUCAUCAAUGGCCACUGGUCUUCUUCAAAGUUCUGUUGGAAUGCUUCCUGUUUCAUCACAAUCAACUUCCACGGCACAAACCCUACAAGAUGAUUCAGGAAAGAUUCGCAUGAAACCCCGUGAUCCACGGCGCAUUCUCCACACUAAUAAUACUAUCCAGAAGAGUGGGGACUUGGGGAAUGAGCAAUUCAAAGCCAUUGUAUCCCCUGUGUCUAACAACCAGAGAACAGGGGACAAUGUCAAUGCCCCGAAGCUUGAGGGUAGGGUGGAUAAUAAAUUAGUGCCUACUCAAUCAAGUGCACAACCUGAUAUUGCUCGACAAUUCACCCGGAAUCUGAAAAACAUUGCUGAUAUUAUGUCUGUUUCCCAAGAAUCAUCAACUCACACUCCUGUUUCUCAAAAUUUUUCUUCUGCAUCUGUUCCGCUUACUUCAGAUAGAGGGGAACAAAAAUCCGUUGUGUCAAGCUCUCAGAACCUGCAGGCUGACAUGGCAUCUGCUCACGAAACAGCUGCAUCAGUUACCUCUCGAUCCCAGAGUACAUGGGGAGAUGUUGAGCAUCUUUUUGAAGGUUAUGACGAGCAGCAGAAGGCUGCUAUACAGAGAGAGAGGGCCAGGAGGAUUGAAGAACAGAAUAAAAUGUUUGCUGCUCGGAAAUUGUGCCUUGUAUUGGACCUAGACCACACGCUACUUAAUUCUGCCAAGUUUGUGGAAGUUGAUCCCCUGCACGAUGAGAUAUUGAGAAAGAAAGAAGAGCAGGACCGUGAGAAACCUCACAGACAUCUUUUUCGCUUUCCUCAUAUGGGAAUGUGGACUAAACUCAGACCAGGAAUCUGGAACUUCUUGGAGAAGGCUAGUAAGCUCUAUGAGUUGCAUCUUUACACUAUGGGAAACAAGCUAUAUGCGACAGAAAUGGCAAAGGUGCUUGAUCCAAAGGGAGUUUUGUUUGCUGGAAGAGUUAUCUCUAGAGGUGAUGAUACUGAUUCAGUUGAUGGUGAGGAGAGGGUUCCCAAAAGCAAAGAUUUGGAAGGCGUUUUGGGUAUGGAAUCAUCUGUUGUAAUUAUAGAUGAUUCUGUGAGGGUCUGGCCUCAUAACAAACUGAACCUGAUAGUGGUGGAAAGGUAUACAUACUUCCCCUGUAGUAGACGUCAGUUUGGACUGCCUGGCCCUUCCCUUCUUGAGAUUGAUCAUGAUGAGAGACCUGAAGCUGGAACUCUGGCAUCCUCUUUGGCAGUUAUUGAGAAAAUACACCAAAUCUUUUUUGCCUCUCAAUCCUUAGAAGAAGUGGAUGUCAGAAAUAUACUUGCAUCAGAACAGAGAAAAAUCUUAGCUGGUUGUCGCAUAGUAUUUAGCAGGGUAUUUCCUGUUGGUGAAGCAAAUCCUCACCUUCAUCCAUUGUGGCAGACAGCUGAACAAUUUGGUGCUGUUUGCACCAACCAGAUUGAUGAACAGGUUACUCACGUAGUUGCAAAUUCCCCUGGGACUGAUAAGGUGAAUUGGGCUCUUAACAACGGAAGAUUUGUUGUCCAUCCUGGCUGGGUGGAAGCAUCAGCAUUGCUGUAUAGGAGGGCGAAUGAGCAAGAUUUUGCCAUUAAACCUUAAAAAAAACUGACCUAAUUCUUUUUCAUAAACUAAAACAUGUGAAAACAUAAAUCAAGAAUCACAUUGAUUUUGGGGGCGUGAAACCAUUCGAUCAGAACUGGUCAGCAGAGAUAGUUUUAGUUCAUGAUGACUGUGUCCAUUGGAGAUGGGUGAUUGGGGAGUGUAUGUAAUUUUACCAAGAUGACUGACCAGUUGUUGAGGAGUUAAAUGGAGGACAGUGAGUGCUGCAGGGCGUGACAGGGCUUGACAGAAUUGGUUGACUGCUUUUAGGGGCUAGGUGAGUGAUAUCGUGGGGGUGACUUUUGUUAGUAGCUCCCAGUAAAUUUUGCUUGGGAUUGUAUUGGGAGUGGAAUUUAUUUCUGUUGCUGACAAAGGACAGUUAAAGACCUCAGCAUUAGAGAAGAGUUAAAAUGUGGAGGAACCCGGCCUGAGGGAGGUAUUGACUGAAACGAACCUAAUUUGUUAGAACUUGAGUCCAAGGAGAAGUGGGUGCCAGAACAGUCGAGUCAGUUUGGAAAUGGGUUCAUGGCCCCGGCAAAAUGAAUUUCUGAUAGACGAAUUUCUAUGUCAAUGCGUCACUGAAAAGCAUUUGGGGGUUUAAAUUAAUCACCAUUCACUCUACUACCUUCCCCAAAACAAUAAAGCUUGGCAGGGAGGGGGACAGGAUAGAAAAUGAAAGGAAGCAUGUCUAACCAUGCUUUAUAGUCUAAACCUCUUGGUUGCUUUUACCAUCAAUUCAUGCGGAUUGCGUUGCUUUACAAUUACAACAACCCAAUUGGAAAAUCUUGAGAAUUUGUAAAAACGGCAAACUAAUUCAUGAUGCCAGUUUUGGAUAUAAAGCCUUUGUAACCAAAAUAGAAAAAGAAGAAAAAAGUAUGUGCUCUAUCAUAUACCCAAGAAUAAUGGUAAUGAGAUUCUUGUGCACUACCGGAAAAGGACCACACCAAUUAUACCCUCGAGUUGUAGUCAUGUUGUCUUGCCUGUUCAAUUUGGGCAACAUUAAUGAAUCCUAGAUUGCUGUCUGGGUCUCGUAGUUGACAUCUGUGUCAUGCUCUUGCAGUGAUUAGAAUCCUAUUGGUCGACGUUUUUUAGAGAAAAUCCGUCAUUAUUUCCCAAUAAA